UUUGGAUGCCAAACUACCAGAAAAUAGGCGACGACAUGAUUUUCAAAUUCAAGAUGAAAGAAAACCCUACUUCUUCCUCCUAACUCUAAAACCCCCCUAUAUUGGCGCCAAAACCGCCAUUAACACAAGCUCCGCCACUCAUCAAGCUCCCCACUUCCCAUACCUAAUUUCCCCCUUUCUCAGUUUUAAUUAUCUAGUUAUUUAGGGGGGAUUUACCAGCCAUAAUAAAUUAAAGUGGGUUAUUUAAUUAUCAUAGCUAAUCUUUCAAACUUACUGUUCACAAAUAUCAGUAUCUGGCGUUUUAUUAUAUCAACUCAGAGAGACAAUCACAUAUUAGAAGAGUUGCUUCUCCGUAAACAUGGCUUUUUGGGGAAUUGAAAUUAGAGCAGGAAAACCAUUUACUCUUUCACCAGAUAAAUCUUGUGGAAGACUUCGAAUUUCCCAGGCUACACUAGGAAUGGGUUCAUCUGACAUUAGGAGUAUGGUUCAGUGCAAUGUGGGCAAGAAGACUCCUGUAAUGUUGUGCUGUUUAUUGCCUGAUAAAGCAGAAUCAUGCCCUUUGGAUUUGGAGUUUGAAGAGGCUGAAGAAGUCACUUUCUCUGUUGUUGGCCCUCGUAGCGUUUAUCUUACUGGUUACUUCCUAGGCAAUGCUCGACGGAGUGUGGCUGGGGAUGAUGAGACUGAAUCAUACGGAGAAGACAUUGGAGCGGCAGACACAGAAAACUCUGAUAAUUUUAGUGAUGAAAAUGAGUAUGAGGAAGACAGCUUCAUUGAUGAUAGUGACCCUGAAGUGUUUGCUCCAUCACCUUCUACUAGUGAUGAAAUAACGAAAACGAAAGCUGACAGCAGAAAAUGCAGUCGCAAACGCCUGAAAAAGAAGUAUGAAUUGAGUGAAUCUGAAGAUGAUGGUGGUUUUUUUCAACAGAAAACUACCAGUGAUUCAAAGUGUGAGCCAAUUGUUGAACGUGUGCAGGAAGAUCAGAUUCCUAUCUCUUCACUUUGUGGAAGUGCUAAAGCCGAUGAUAAAAAGAGAAAGGGGCAUGAUAAUUCUGGGAAUGCAACUGAUGAUCAUCAAUCUGAAGAUAAAAAGGUUAAGAAGAAGAAGAAGAAGAGAAAGAAUAAUGAAGAGAAUGGAGCCGUGGUUGAAACUGUAAAUGAUUUGACCGUGGCAAAGAAUGAAGUUGAUCAUUCCCUGAUGGAAACUGGUGGAAUAAUAAAUUCUACAAGGACAAUUUCGGGUGGCUUGAUUGUUGAGGAGAUACAUGUUGGUGAAGAAGAUGCUAAAGUUGCUUCUUCAGGAAAGAAGGUCACUAUUCAUUAUACUGGUAGACUGAGAGAAGGGGGCCAGAUUUUUGACUCAUCUACUGGAAAAGAUCCUCUCAAAUUUCGCCUUGGUAAAGGUCGUGUUAUGGAUGGUCUUGAUCUUGGAAUCGAGGGUAUGCGAGUUGGUGGUAAGAGAAAGCUCCAAAUACCACCUGCACUUGGAUAUGGAAGCGAGGGAUCGGGUUGUGUACCACCAAAUUCAUGGUUGAUAAUGGAUGUCGAGUUGCUUCAAGUGCGUUGAUAAGUUCACUUUGGUAGAGUUGGUCAGGAUUAGCUUACAUUUUUGGUUAAUUAGGCACAGUUAUAUAUGAUUUAGGGUGAAUUUUUGCUCACAUCAUGAGACUGAGGGAGGAUACAUCAAAUCAGUUUUUGGUGGUUAUUUGUUCUGUAUAUCACUUAAGGAGUGAUCUUUUUGUAGGCAACAAGUUGCAUAUUAUAUUUACUGAACAAGAGAACAACUAGCUACAUGUUUAUCUCUAUUAUAUAAGCAAAGAGCGGAAUUGUGGUGUUCCCUUUAAAAAGUUCCACAUUCAGAAA